AUGUGCCCUCCCUCCCAGGCCCAGCCCCCCAUGGCCCUACUUCUGCUGGACGAGACGGCCGGGGACCUGCCUGUCAGAGACACAGACCAGCCCUUGGUGAUUGCAGCAAUACAAGAUGUGUCAGCUGCUGCUCCCCCAGCAAAGGCUCAGGCGCUGCGGACCUGGCUGAGAGAGCCAGCCAUGCCGGCGCGGCAGCACUUAAGCCGGGUGAGUCGGGAGGAGCUGGAGGACAGGUUCCUGCGGCUGCAUGACCAGAACCUGCUGCUCAAGGAGUUUGCCUGCAAGCAGCAGGACAGGAUCAAGAGGCUUGGUGCCAGGCUGAUGAGGCUCACGCAGGAGCACCGGCGGGCAGCACGCCAGCUGGGGCCGUCAGCCCAUCGGGCCAGCCGGGACCUGGAGCUCGAGGAGGCCUUGGAGGAGCUGCAGGCGCGGGUGCGGGAGCUGGAGCACCGCAACGAGGGGCUGCGGGGCCGCCUGCUCGCCUACAAGCAGCAGCUGCAGCUCGGGGCUUGCAAGCACCAUGGCCUCUACGGCCACAUCCCAGCUCGGGUGGACACGGGGCUGCGGCGGGCACACACAGCCAGCGGGAGGGGGCCUGAGCGGCAGCGCAGAGGUGUGCGCAUGCAGGGUCCAGAGGCCAGACACACACACACGGCGCCUCCGCAGUACAGAGACCACAGCAAAGAGGAACCUGGAGCUGCGCUGGAUAGCCUCACCCGCGGUCUGGGGCUGGAGGAGCUGGCCUCUGAGUCCCCACUCCGGGGUGAGAUGGAGCCGUCUUGGCAGAGCCGCUGGCAGGCCUCAGAGUGCAGAGUUGCCAUCCGUGGGAACGUGGAGCUGAUCCGCCUGCAGCGGCUCCUGCAGGAGCGUGACAUGGAGCUGGCCGUGACCACGGCCCGAUGCACUGAGCUGCAGCAGACCUACGAGAGCCAGCUCCAGCAGAGGCAGGAGGUUCUAGGAGCUGCCAGCAGCGCAUUGCUGGCCCAGGCAGAAGAGCUCAGCACCCAGCUGAAGGGGCAGACGCAGAGAGCGGCAGCCUUGGAGAGCCGGUUGGAGGGUGUCCCGGCCCUGCACCGGGCUCUGGAGGAGCUGCAGGAGCGAGUCAGGGAUCUGGAGAAGGAGCGGGACUUGCUGAAGGAGGCCCAUGACAACCUGCUGGCAAGUGCUCUGGACAGCGGGCAGCUGCCUCGGCAGGACACCCCCCAGCUGGAGAAGCAGCUGAGUACGGCUCUGGCGGAGAAGAGGGUGCUGCUGGCGGAGCUGGAGGCAGCACAAGGCCUAGGGCAGCAGGACCUGCUUGUCCGGCAGAGCCUGAGCCAGAGGCUUCGUGAGACAGAGGCUGCCCAUGCCGAGACCGUGCUAGAGCUGGAGAAGACUCGGGACAUGCUGAUCCUGCAGCACCGCAUCAACCGUGACUACCAGGCUGAGCUGGAGGGCACAAUGCUGCAGGCAGAGCAGGCGGCACGGGGGUAUGAGGAGGAGCAACAGCAACUGGCACGGCUCCUGGACCUGCGCAGCACCCGUCUCCACCAGCUGGAGGAGCAGCUGAAGGAUGUGGCCUAUGGGACGCAGCCACUCCCGCCUGCCAGCAACCGGGACAGCGAGGGCGAUGGGGCAGGGGUCCGGCUGGGCCGUGGCGAGAGCCUGCUGGAGCUGCAUGUGGUGGGGGCAUCACUGUCAGGGGCAGCACUGCGGGUACUGGGGGAUGCACAGCCCACUACCUUCUGCACCUACGCUGUGUACGACUUUGAGACCCACGCCACGCCGCUGGGCCAUGGUGCCCGGCCCCGCUACGGCUUCACCUCCCGCUACGUUCUGCGGGCUGAGCCCCUGCUGCUGCACUAUCUGCAGGGCAGCGCUGCCCGCCUUGACCUCCAUGUGGCCGUGGGCACUGAGCACCGUGCCUUGGCCACCUGCCACCUGCGCCUGGCCGAGGCCUUGGCCACUACCCAGCGGGUGCAUGCCACCGCUGCACUGCAGGGUGUAGGUCCGAGCAGCGAGGACUACGGGCUGCUGCAGCACUGGCUGCGGCUGCGCCCACCCCUGCAGCAGGGCCUGCGGCUGCAGCAGGAACGCACCAAAGCUCUGGGCUACCUGUCAGCCAGUGUGCCCCAGGUGGGGGCACCUUCGUCCAGCUGGCAGCCGUGCAGUGUUGAUGGGCCGCCGGGCAGAGAGCGGCUGCAGAACGAGCUGCAGGGGUGGGUCAGGGGCUGCCGGGGGCUGAGGAGUCGCUGCCUGGGAGCCCUGCCCAGCCCCUACGCCAUGUACCGGUUCUUCACCUUCCCCGACCACGACACGCCCAUCGUGCCUGCCAGCCACAGCCCCCACUUCAGCGACCUGCAGCCCUUCCCCGUGCGCCCCACGCCAGAGCUGCACCGCUAUUUGCGGCACGAGAACCUCUGGGUGUAUGUCUUUGACGAUGAGGACCCCCAGCCCGAUGCCUACCUGGGCAAGGCGGCCAUCCCACUGCUGCCCCUGGCCCGUGGGCACAGCAUUACAGGUGAUUUUGUGCUCGUGGACCCAUGUGGGCACCCCAAUGGCUCCAUCAAUCUCAGCCUGGAGUGGCAGCACCAGUACCUGUCCCCUGAGGGCAUCCUGGCACCAGGAGCUGCGAAUCAGGAGCACCCUUGCUGCCAGCCCCGGGAGCAGCUAACAAAGGAGGAAGGGGCUCCGCUGCAUGGCCAGGGCCUGGGUGCUCCCAGCACUGCCAUGCAGCAGCUUGAGCCCCGGCAAAGGAAACUCCGUGUCUCAGCCCCCAAGCCCGAUGCAUACACCAUGAAGCGGCUGAGGCAGGACCAGGGCAUGGGGGGCCCUGCCCGGCCCAGUCCAGGUCUGAUGCCUGCCAAACAUGCCGCACAGGAGAGCAAGGCUGUGGCUGCACAGGAACCCCUGGCCCAGCCAGUCCUAGAGCUGGUGGGGCUCAUUUCUGUGCAGGCCAAGGAGAGGGAGGCCCAGGCUGGAGAGGUGGCACCAGCGGCACGGCCCAGCAGGGAGGAGGCGACGCAGACGGGCAAGGAGGUCAUGAGCAAAUCCCCAACCCCAUCCCAGCAUUCAGAGCUUGAGUCCCCAAUGCCAGACACAGCCACCCCCACCAAGGACACCGCCCCUGCCAAUGCCGACCAGGAGCUGGAGAGCAGCAGUGAUGCGCCGACCACGGACAGCGACGAGAUCGUGGUGGGGGCUGAGCCCCAGAGACCCCUGAAGACGGCUGCAGCACGGAUCCGCAUUGAGGUCAUCUCACUGAGCCUGUGGCCUGGGCCUGAGGCCAUGGCGAGCGGCCAGCGGGUGUACGUGGAGUACCGCUUCCCUGGUGUGCCCCUGGCUGAGACCGAGACCCCCGUGUCCCUGCGCCUGCCCCGCGUCGGAGAGCGGCUCUACUUCCACUUCAGCAAGGUGAUUGACCUGGCCAUGGGCCUGGCCAGCGCCCAGCAGGAGACCCUCCAAGCUAUGCUGCAGGCAGAGGAACCACAGCAGAGCUGGCUGCAGUUUGUGGUGGUGAGUGAACCCCUGCCCGGGACGGGAGGGGAGUGUGAGGACCUAGGCAUCGCCUACGUGGACCUGCGUGAGAUUCUGUGGACAGGCAACGAUGUGCUGGAGCACAACCUUGAUGGUGAGCAACUUUAGCACCCCUUGCCUGUCCCCAGGGCGAGUCCUGCAC